UACCAUAGCUUCGAAGUUAAGUAUGGAAAGAGCAUUCAACAGGGCUUAUACUAUUACUCCUUCUACUUCUGACCUUCACAGCUCCUGCCAUGAGCGUCGUGUUUCAACGACUCCCUGCAUCAGUCGACUUCCCACCUUUCUGUUUCGCAGACUAGUCUUGCAUGUAUGCUAAACCCAAGAGAUCAUCCACUACUCCUCGACGAGAGGUUCAGGCAUCCUUAAACACCCAAUCGAUCACUUGCGGCAAAGUUCAUCGAAUUCAAUAUGGACACAGCGUCCUCUCAUUCUACCAUCGCCCGGGACGAUCACAAGGCGUUCAUGGAGUACGCACUCGAACAAGCCUGUCUUUCACCUCCAGCUCCAACCAAGUUCAACGUCGGAGCUGUCCUUGUCAAUGGCGACACAGGCAAGAUCCUCUCGACCGGAUAUACCUCUGAACUGCUCUCCGAGCUACCUUCCGAUGGUGGCACAAUACAUGCGGAACACUGUUGCAUCAUCAAAGUUGCAGAGAGUCACGACAUCCCCGAACAGAAAGUAGGGGACGUCUUGCCGACCAACACCGUUCUUUAUACCACGAUGGAACCUUGCAAUGAACGAUUGAGUGGCUCAAGGUCGUGUGUGGACAGGUUACUGGAACUCAAAGACUCCAUCAGAGUUGUGUACUUUGGCAUAUCUGAGCCUGGAAUUCUGGUGCUCUCGGACGAUGGCAGGAAAAGACUGGAAGACGCUGGUAUUGAAGUCAGACAGAUGGACAGUAUGCAAGAGCAAAUUCUGGCGGUCACGACUGGAGGGCGACAACUGUGGCAUCAGUGAGUAUCGCGGGUCCCAUGAUGAUGUGACAUUACACCACGAACAUGGGUAAACGAGGGCGUUGAUUGCCGUAUCCUGAGAACGAAAUGCAGAUUGGUGCGAGAAUGAGAUGGAUCU